GUAUGUCAAGAGGGCCAGACAAGUAUUUUUGACAAGAUGGCGCGGACUUUGUUCACAGUGACCAUACUUACUGCGGUAACGAUAUCGAGUCUGGCACAUAGACAUGGUCAUGACAUAUCGACUGAAGAUCCAGAGUUAAUUGAUGGGCACCAUGACAACAACACUCACCAUGGGAAGGAACAUGGCGGAUGGUCACAAUGGAGUGAUUGGUCCUUGUGUUCACGCACGUGCGACGGGGGUGUCUCGCGUCAGCUGCGCACGUGUUCAUCCCCUUCGGGAUGUAGGGGAGAACCUGUUAGAUACAAGAUAUGUAACAUGCAGCCGUGUCGUGCCAACGUCUCACUUCUAGAAGAUGAUAUAUGGAGGGAACAGCAGUGCAGUGCUCAUGACGGGACCCCGUACGGCGGAGAACUGUUCCAUUGGCGAGCACAUCGUGAUGAUGCAGAGCCCUGCGCCCUGACCUGUCGUGGAACUCCUCAGCAUUCUGGACAAAGACCUGAACCGACGGUGUCAUUGGAUGAUGAUGAUCGGGUGGUGGUUGCUGUGCUGGCUGCCAGGGUCUCUGAUGGCACAAGAUGCAGAACGGGAAGUCUGGACAUGUGCAUCGAUGGGCGGUGUCAGCGCGUCGGCUGCGACCUCCGAGUGGGGUCAACUCGAAGGGUUGACGAGUGUGGUGUGUGUGGCGGAGAUGGAUCCUCGUGCUCCCGACCACGGUACCACUGGCUGGCCACCCCUGCGUCUCUAUGCUCAGCCACAUGUGGUGGAGGUUACAAGAUGUCGCUAGCUGUGUGCAGAGAUCGCCUGACAGGUUCAGAUGCGCCUGAGGAGCUGUGCGACUCGUCCAGUAAACCACAGGCUUCUGUCGUCAAAUGUAACACCCAUCCGUGCCCGUUCAAAUGGUACGUUGGUGAGUGGUCAUCGUGCAGCGUGACCUGCGGUGGUGGAGUUCGCACCCGCCGCGUCCUCUGCGCCAGAUCCGCUAACAUCACCAGGGCUGACACUUACGAACCUGCAUCCAGCUCUGAACCUGGCUGCGUAUCUCCCGCGCCUAGGUCCACCCAGCCCUGCAAUACUCAGGAAUGUCCCAACUGGAUAACUGGACAUUGGUCAGGGUGCUCAGUAUCGUGCGGCGAAGGUGUGCAGGUCCGGGGGGUGGAAUGCACCCCGCCGGGGGGUGGCUGUGACCCUGCGAACCGUCCGGAGAUCUCCCGCCCCUGUUCUACUGGUAUCAGCUGUCCGUCUUAUAGGGAGUCGGAUGAACCUGAGGAUGAAAUAGAAGAUCUUCUUCCGGGUGUGGUAUACCACACACAGCCUCUUAUACAGCCAUAUCCGCCUGCUCAAGCGAAGGCUGAAAGGCUGAUAGGAGAACCCGACGUGCCAGUGGAAGCCACCUACAUCAAAGAUGAUGAAUGGGGGCCGUGCAGCGUCACAUGUGGUGAAGGUUGGAGAAAGAAGGAAGUCCACUGCAAGAUCUUUCUAGAAUUUAGCAGGACUAUUGCUAAAUUGCCAGACAAUAAGUGUAUGGGUCCCAAGCCUGCUGAGGAUACAGAGAGAUGCGUUAUGGAACCCUGUUCCAUGGCAUAUGGCACGUCAUUUGGAGACUCCAGUGUACCUUCAUACAGUAGUGGAGAUAGGUCUCUGAACUAUGGAUCGUCGACUAACAUCAGAGUGGCACCAGGAUCUCCCGGGAAAUCUUACUCUUGGAAGGAGAAAGGGUACACCAGUUGCAGUGCAUCCUGUCUCAGCGGAGUACAGGAACUCAUUAUACAAUGCGUAAGAGAUGAAGAUGGCAAGAAUGCAUCUCCAUACAUGUGUGAUCCUCUGACCAAACCCGAGAACCGAGUGAGGACCUGCAACGACCACCCCUGUCCGCCAAGAUGGAAUUACACGGAGUUUUCUCAGUGCACCAAAUCCUGCGGUAUCGGUAUCCAAACUAGAGAAGUUUCAUGUAUACACGAGGUGACUAGAGGUGGCACAAAUACAGUGGUGGUCCCAAACAGCAUGUGUCCCCAACCACCUCCUCCCGACAGGCAGUACUGCAACGUGCUGGACUGCCCCGUCAGAUGGCAGACCGGGGAAUGGUCCAAGUGCUCCAAGACUUGCGGCGGUGGAGAGAAACAGAGGAAGGUGGAGUGUAAACAGAUAAUGGCCCAGUCCCACGUGGUGGAGCGACCACCAGCCUCGUGCGGCUCACCACGGCCUGUAUCCACCAAGUCCUGCAACUCCAAACCCUGCACGCUAGAUACAUCAUCACCAGAAAUCUCUUUGGCUAAUUCUUCAUACAUACAACACGAUCCGAAGAAGAAAAAGGUGACAGUCAAGGUGGGUGGUUCAGCAACAAUAUUCUACGGAACUCAAGUGAAAAUCAAGUGUCCCGUGAAAGGUUACAACAGAACGAAGAUCCAAUGGGCAAAGGAUCAUCAGAUCAUCACCAAAUCGAAGAAAUACAAGAUUUCUAAAAAGGGGGCUCUCCGUAUUACAACCCUCUCGUUCCGGGAUCAUGGAGUCUACACGUGCGUGGCGGGUAGAUCCAGUGCUAAUCUCACGCUCCUAGUGAAAGCGAGACCUGGCGAGUUUAUAUCGAGCGAAGAAAUUGAGAGGCACAAAGCUUUGGAUGAGCCAUCUUCCCCUCUAGCUGACAGCCGAGCGGAUGGACGGUACCGAGCCAUAAUUGGUGGUACAUCAGACGAUCAGUCCCACGAACAGCGUCCGGGAGACCAGAGGAAGAAUUACAAGAACAGACAGAGAGGUAAAAUCGACAAAGUUCGCGAUGCCCUGUUUGGAAACACGGCCACAACUAGCACGAAAGCAUCACCGAGCUUCAAUUCCCAGGCGAGGGACAUUUACGACGAGAAUGAGGAGACCGCUGUAUCCUCCCAGAUGCUUCCACCGAAACGAAGCAGUGCUUCCAGACUGCUUCCGUGUCUACAUUAUAUAGUUAUGCAACUUCAGAUGUUUUGGAAUUUUCAGACACUGGGAAACUCUAGAGGACAAAGAAUGGCCGAUCCAAUUAGAAUGUACCAGAAUUACGGACUGCACUCUCAUAUCCUAAAUCUUGAAGACAAACAGAUAGUAAUUCCUGAAGACGAUGAUUCAGAUAUCAUUAUAGUUGAUGAAGAUUUCAAUAGCAAUACAAUUGAAGAGGGCAAAGUGGAUGAACUUAAGAAUGAACUAGAUGAUGACAUAACAACUACUGAAAUACCUAAAGAAGCUUUGGACUCCAAUGAAUACGCGUGGAUGACUACAGAAUGGUCUCCUUGCGAUGCUCCCUGCGAUCAAAAAGGGCAAGAAGUCAGAGGCGUUGUUUGUCAACACAUAGUUAACAACACAACCACAACAGUGGAGACAGAGCACUGUCUGUCUCGCUCGCUGAAGUCACCGUCAGUGCUACGAGACUGCUACGGCGACAGGUGUGCUACGUGGUCGACAAGCGGGUGGUCACCGGUCAGGUGUCUUGCUAGCGGCGCUGCAAUGGUGAAACGACGCGUGGAAUGCAUCAGUGAUAAUGGAACAGUGCUUCCGGAGUCAUCUUGUGAUCAAAGCACGAGACCGGAGAAGGUGAUGCGGCAUCCGAAACCAUGCAAGGCUACCUGGACCGUGGAACCUUGGAGCAAGUGUAUAGGAGCAUGCGGAGGUUUCGGUCGGCGUCACAGGGUCAUCAGAUGCGUGUGGCGCUCCGCCGCCAAGCGCCGCAGCAAGGAGAAGAGCGCCGGCGCCGCCUGCGAAGGCCUACCCAGGCCUCACGUCAUCAAGACCUGCCAGAUGCGCCCCUGCACCGCCAGAGAUUUCAUCUGUAGAGACAGAUCCAGGUUUUGCGAGAACGUUCGUGCAAUGAAUAUGUGUGCGUUAGAACGGUACAAAGAGCAAUGCUGCAAGACGUGCGUCGACUGAACUGAACUGAACCAAACUGAACUAUAGUGAUGCUCCACACCAUUAUAUGAGUGAGAUGACUGUACUAAUAUAGAAUGUGAUAGAAUGGGCUGGUACUGUGCAAAAUGUAACUUGUUUGUUUUGUUAUCUGUGGACAAAGAGGUGGUAGAUGAACUAUUUAUUAUUUAUAUAUACGCCGCAAUUAUUUAUUACAGAUAUCCGCCAUUUGCAAUGUUAAUUAAUUAUUACAAAAAGGCGCGAAACCAGGCACGUAU